CGAGACGUAUCGCUCCUAGGGGAGGUGCGCACGCGCGCGGCGGUUGGAUCGAGAGCGUCCCGGCGUGUGCUGCUGCGGGCCAGGCUUCAGCCGGGGAAAGGAGGGAGACUUUGAGCACAACCGUAGCUGUUAGUCGUACCAGGGGAAGGGCAGAGAUUUAGCCACAACAUGGCAACUGUUUUUAUAAAGAAAAUGGUGAUUUCUGCUGUGAACCCUCUCCUACGUCUGAGUCAUUGCACGACGACGUCCCGUGUGCUCUCCACACUCCUGCUGGGUCCCCUGCGUAUUUCAGUCCCAGCAGGGGCGAAGCCCAGCGAAGUGGUGGCCUCACCCCUCUCCUGCCACCCCUUACCUUUCCUGCAGCCUGCUCUGGGGUUCAAGACCAAGGGCGUCCUCAGGAAGCGUUGCCGGGACUGUUACCGGGUGAAGAGGCGUGGGCGGUGGUUCAUCUACUGCAAAACGAACCCAAGGCACAAGCAAAGACAGAUGUAGCUCCUUUGGCCGUGAAAAUAACAUGCAAGAUUGUACCAUUUCCUUGAGAGAUGGUGUUAACUUACCGAGGAAAAAUAAAAUGUAAAUAUUCUGGUUUCUAA